AUGCGGUCGACUUCUUUUGCCUACCUCAUACUCUUUAGUAGUAUAUACUGGAUGUGCAAUGGUCUAUUUCAAAGCAUUAACGUUCAUCGGAGGGUUGUGUCAAGCUAUUCCCCGACGGGACCCUGGCGAGGAUCGCAGUAUCUCCCUUCUCAUCAGAAUGGGCACGGCGGCGAGCUGGUAAUCAUCUCACCAUCGACGAAAUCAUCUUAUGAUUCGUCUACUGAGCACCGGCCUAACACAGCGUCAAUUCAACCAUGGACAGUAGGCUCGUCAACAACACACGUGUUGCCGUCCUCUACCGUACGGGCAACAUCUCAUCCGGUCCCUAUCAUAUCUUCGACAUUUCACCCUUCAAUUACUUCCGAACCAGAUAAUAUCCCAGAAAUAUUAUCUGGUAUAGUCACCAUUUCUACCAACAACAUCGUAUCGUCUACGGUAAAAACAACAUCUCCUCCUUCGAUUACCUCCGAACCAAAUAAUAUCCCAGAAAUAUUAUCUGAUAUAGUCACUAUUUCUACCAACAACAUCGUAUCGUCUACGGUACAAACAACAUCUCCUCCUUCGAUUACCUCCGCACCAGAUAAUAUCCCAGAAAUAUUGUCUAAUAUAGUCAUUGUUUCUACCAACAACAUCGAAUCGUCUACGGUACAAACAACGUCUCCUCCUUCGAUUACCUCCGCGCCAGAAAAUCUUCCGCAAGUAUUAACAGUUACUCUUCCCAAUUCUGCCGGCAGUAUCGUGCAAACCGAUAAUCCAACAAUUUUUCGCGAGCUUCCUUUCCCAACACCGUUUGACGUGUCAACCUUGUUUGAGAGUACUAGCAACAUCGAUGUUUUCCCGUCAGCUCUUCCAACGCUGCAAAACGCACCGCAGACAUUGAUCAGUUCUACAUUCAAUGGCUACAUGAAAAGUAAUUUUAUCCCAGACUCUUCGACUAAUGUUGGACCAGCGCCCGCUACCGCCUCUGUCUUUAAUAGUAUCGUAACGAAUGACGUUCUAUUCCCGGCACUCGAGGUUGUAUCAGACGGUCUAGCAUCGGUGGUAGAUUCGCACUCCCUACCAAUUAGCGGACACACACAAGGAGCAGAAACGUCGCAGCCCACCCAAUCCGGACCUAGUUUGUCUUAUACAAAUGUCAAUUAUAUGCCUACGUACCAGACCACGACAACUUCGGCUGCGACUAAGGGGGACAGCCCAUUCCAGGCUACCUCUGAUUUCGAUGUUGAUGGGAAGACCGCCAGUCAAUCUUCAACUAUCUCCAAGAUCAUGCCUUUGCCAAUCACCUUGUCAGGAACUCCGCGGAACUCGGGCCUUGAAAGUCAUGCCAGUGUUGUGUCCACUCUCGGCGAUGCCACCACGAGUGUGUCGACUAGCGCCACAAACGUCCCGUCUGGCACAUUACUUCCCCAAACGAGUACCAAUAACGAUGAACACACUUCCGGUACCAAACUUUCUGGACCCACAACUACUGCCAAUUCCGGCAGCGGGCCAUCCAGCGCCGACGAUUCCAGCGGGUCACAUCGCGUGUUGAGUAGUAGCGUGGAAAUAGCCGCCGGAGCCGUAGGGGGAGCCAUAUGCAUUGCAUUAUCUAUUUUCAUUUGGACGAAACGUCUUAACAGGAAGAAGAGAUCUGUCCCUAUCAAAUAUUCUUCCCCGCUGAAGGCCGAAAACAAUAUUGAUAUCUCGCACUUUUCGUUUGAUUCCUAA